CAGGAGCACUACAUCCAAGUCUAUGCUCAACGCAACUUAUCAUGGCUACUCCAACAGUAGACUCCUUUGCUACACCUAGGCCAUCCGUUUCAGAGCCGUACUUGCAGUCCGGACCAAUCCCCCUGUUUGAACAUCACCUCAAGGUCUUGACAGACUCAUAUUUGAGCUUCUUCCAAGAAAGAAAACGUAUCGAAGAAGUAUAUGUCGAGUCCUUGCUUAAACUUCAUCGUAAGGUGAAAUCCAUCGACAGCUAUCUGGACGAUCGGACAGAACUUAGUACUGCAAGGAGAGCGUGGAAUGAGGUUCGGGAUAACGUCGAGAGAGAAGCGCAGACCAGACAAGCAUUUCUUGCAACGCUCACAGGAGAUGUUGUUAAUGCCUUGACGUCGCUCAGGGAGACGCAGGAGCGUACGCGCAAACGCAUCAAAGAGGAUCUGAAAGAGUCUGGUAGUGCCUACACUGACUAUGCCGAGAAUACGCUGCCAAAGCUGAAACGCACUUAUCUGAAAAAAUGCCAAGAGGUCGAGGACCACAAAGCGGCGGCUGCCGCCGCACCCUCGCAGUCGACUUCUACUAUACCUUAUCCAGAACAGAGUGGAACUACUUUGAGUACUUCGCGGUCUAACCCCAGUCUGCCGUCCCGGCCUGUUGUCACUGCCCCUCAGCCGUUACGGCCCCUUGAUAGACGACCCUCUGGGAGCGCGCCUGGACCACGUAAUCGCUCGCCCUCUACAUCGGGUACAUUUUCUGAAUUUGCUCAACACGGGAAAAAACAGUUGAAUCAACUCAUCACAUUCUUAGAUAAGAGUGGUACCGUGAAGGAGAGCUUAGGUGUACGCUCAGAAAAUAGCGCGCUCCGCGCUGUCCGCGCGAAACGAGAAGCUGAUGAGGCUGAUCGGGAAUACCGUAAAGGCGUUCAUUGGCUGGAGACACUCAGACUCAGGCGCUCUAAGAUUCUGACAAGCGGUUAUAAGAGUUUGGAGACCUUUGUCUAUGAAUAUUCCACGACAGUCAAGGCAGUGCUGGAGAAAUAUCUUGAUAACAUGACGGCAACUACUACGACACAGACACAGUUAUCAUCCCAUGGACGUUCCGUGGUCGACAAGAUUUCCCCAGAAAAAGAUGUAUCACUAGUCACGACCUACAUUCCUCGUUCACUAGCAUCAGCAAUAGCCAAACCAAUACUUUACUACAACUAUAAUGUCGGCGAAUGCUGCGACCUUAUCUUCGGCUUUAGUCUAGUGGAUUAUGCGACUGCUCGGGGUCUCGGGGAAGGCGAAGUUCCAAAAAUUGUCCGUAUCUGUGUCCAAGAAGUAGAUCAGAGAGGGUUAGACGCAGAAGGCAUUUACAGGGUGUCUGGCAGGCAUGCUGUUGUACAUGAUCUACAACAUAAGAUAGAGCGGAACGAGGCCAAUUUCAACUUUAACGUCCUUACUGACGAUAUUUAUGCCGUAUCCUCACUAUUGAAGCUGUAUCUGCGCGAGCUUCCGGAACCAUUGUUUAGAUAUCCACUGCAGGAUCGUCUGGAGCAUACGGAGGAUCGAGCGGAACACCAGUCGAAUCACUUUGCCCUCCUGCGUUCGAAGAUACGGCGGCUGCCUGCCAUUCAUCGUGCGACUCUGCGCGCUCUGGUUGAGCAUCUAACUCGUGUAGCGUCCAAUGCGGAUAAGAACAAGAUGGAUGCAAAAAACUUGGCGAUUGUAUUCGGCGCCGUCAUUUUCGGCGAGGAUGAAAUCCCAAAGGGAGGUGACCUUUUGAGCGUUCAGACAUGGAAAGAUACGCUGAUGGAGGACAUGAUCAUUCAUGCUCGAGAAAUUUUCGAGGACCCUCCAGCCGGUAACUCCCCUCCUCUACCUGCCUGCACCACUCGGAUUGGCAAUGUCCCUCCGAGAUCUCAAUCCCCAAGAAACCCAGAAGACUUCACUCCUCGCCUCCCUGCACGACCGACAGGCAGCAUACAUCCUUCCCUCCGUGCGAACCCAACUUCGCCAACACGCGUGAAUAUGGAAAUUCCUCCAAUGCCACCACGACCUAUUCAGGGCGUGGACGAUGACUCAUGGCCGUCGCCCACCGGUUCUGCGUCAAAGCACACAGAAUCAGAGAUAGAUAUAUCACCACCCCCAUCCCCUUCAGCACUGUCGCCUCUCAUAUCUCCUGCGGACACAGCAAGUGAAUCGGGACAUUAGGGUUACUUCUUUCUCAUGCUAGACAUUGAGUUCAUUUGGAUGAACCUUUUAACAGACAUUUAAUCGUUCAGGGUAAUUGUAAUUUCUCUCAAACUUUCUCUGUGGAUAAGUUAGCGUCUACAAUAUAUAGGCACGAACCGUGGUGAAAUAUACAUGUUGUUACUCGUGAUUAA